GCCAGCAGCCCCACAAUGCCAGGCGGGGGAGCCCCUUUCUCAGCAGCACACCACAGCAUCACCGCCGCGCCUCACUGAAAAAGGACAGAGAGGAGAGAAAUGCAAAGGGAUGUAAGAUGGCAGAGCUACAAAUGCUAUUAGAGGAGGAAAUCCCUGCCGGUAAAAGAGCGCUCGUGGAAAGCUACCAGAACCUGUCCCGGGUUGCGGAAUACUGUGAAAACAAUUAUGUUCAGGCUCAAGACAAGAAGAAGGCCCUGGAGGAGACCAAGGCCUACACCACCCAGUCUCUGGCCAGUGUGGCUUACCAGAUCAAUGCCUUAGCUAACAAUGUGCUGCAGCUGCUGGACAUCCAGGCCUCGCAACUACGACGCAUGGAGUCCUCAAUCAACCACAUCUCCCAGACAGUGGACAUUCAUAAAGAGAAGGUGGCGCGUCGGGAGAUCGGCAUCCUGACCACAAACAAAAACACCUCUCGCACCCACAAGAUCAUCGCACCGGGCAACAUGGAGCGGCCGGUGCGCUACAUUCGAAAGCCCAUCGAUUACACACUGCUGGAUGAUGUGGGACACGGCGUCAAAUGGCUUAAGGCCAAGCAACAUGGGAAUAAUGCAGCAGGGCGAGGAGGGACGCUCUCCAGGACCAACCCCCCGACACAGAAACCUCCGAGCCCCCCCAUGGCUGGUCGUGGUACCCUGGGGCGUAACACUCCCUACAAGACACUGGAGCCAGUGAAGCCUCCGGUGGUGCCUAAUGACUACAUGACGAGCCCGGCCCGACUGGGCAGCCAGCACAGCCCUGCACGCACAGCCUCGCUCAACCAGAGGCCCCGGACACACAGUGGCAGCAGCGGGGGUAGUGGCGGCAGGGAGAACAGUGGAAGCAGUGUAGUUGGUGUCCCUCUAGCAGUUCCCACCCCCUCCCCUCCCAGUCUGGGGCAAGUGGCCACGUCCUCAGCCUCAGUGCCCCAGGGCCCCGGCUUGGGCCCCAUCCCCAUGUCCCAGUUCGGCACCAUCUCCCGCCAGAUCUCCCGUCACAACUCCUCCACCACCUCCUCGGCCUCCAUGGUGUCGGCCACCGGCACCUACCGCCGUGCACCCUCCGUCUCCUCUCAGCAGCCUCACAUCAACGGGGGCCCUGCCUACCCACAGAACGCCGUGUCUGUGGCUCCUCCGCCUCCUCCUCCCAUGGUCCAGCUGACCCCACAGAUCCCUCUGACCGGCUUUGUGGCCAGAAUGCAGGAGAGCAUAACAGACAGCCCUGCCCCGCCUCCUCCGCCUCCACCAGAGGACAUGGGUGUGUUUGAGGAACACUCUCCCCCUCCUCCUCCCCCACCUGUGGACUAUGAAGAAGAGGAGGCAGCAGUGGUUCACUACAGUGAUCCUUACGCUGACGGAGACCCCCAAUGGGCCCCCAAGGCUUAUUUAGAGAAAGUUGUGGCCAUCUACGACUACAGCAAGGACAAGGAGGAUGAGCUGUCUUUCAUGGAGGGAGCCAUCAUCUACAUAAUCAAGAAGAACGAUGACGGCUGGUUCGAAGGCGUCUGUAACGGCGUCACUGGCCUCUUCCCAGGAAACUAUGUAGAGUCCAUCAUGCACUAUGCUGACUAAAAAAAAGAAAGAAAAAGAAACAAAAACCCACCCCAACACGGCACUGCAGUUUUGAACAGAGGUAAAACCAUGAAGAUGUACAGAAGUAUGCAGUGUGGCAAUAGCAGUUCAUACAGAUCCUGUUUUGAAUGAAUGAAGUGCCAUGGUGAAGUCUUUGGAAUAUACAAAAUGGUUUUCUUUUAGGGGGGGAGGGGCUUGUGCUUGCACGGUUUUAUUCUGCUCCAAAAAAUAAAAAAAAUAUAAAAAAAUAUAAAGUAGCACAAUGUAGGAGGGUGCUGAAGCUUUGGAUGACUGGGGUCUGUUAGUUUACACUGUGGACGAAAAGGAGAGGACUCUACCGCUGUCACAUCUGUGGUGGUCGGCAGCACUUUUCAAACUGGGUCAGCGAUGUAUUGCCUCACAAUAAAUGACAUACAAUAAAAAAAGUUUGAAAUAAUACCAAACAAAUCUAGAGGUAGUGUUAAUUUGUGUGUGUGCAACCAACAUUUCCAGUAUUUCCAGUACAGACAGUGAAGUAUUACCAGGAUUUCAUUGAAUGGAGGCAGUGUAGCAUCCUUAUGUCAAAAUGCUGCACAGAUGCUCCUCCCCCUUCAUUUGCACUGUAGACCAGCAGACCAACUCCUCCCUCCUUCCCCAAACAUCCAUCUUACCUUAUCAAAAAAAAAACCCAACAAGGACAAACAAACAUCAACAAGUGCAUUAGGACACGACUGAAUGUUUCAUGUCGUCGAUGUCCAAAUCACAAGAUGUUUAAGACGGGGGGGGGGGGGGCAACCUGGAGUGGUGUAUUUACUAUGCUCUGUGUCGGUGGGGAUGCUGUUACAAAGGGUGGAGUGAGUGUAUAAAAUGCAUUACAAAAAAAGAAAAAAAGAAAACUGUUUCUUCUUUCUGGUGGAGUUUCUUUCUGUUCUCUAACGUGUAUAUAAACUGUAAUGUGAGAAGCUGCCAGUACAGUACAUUUGUCAGAUAGUGUGUUUCACCUGUGAGUUUCCAUCAGCGUCAGUGGAGGUGGUGCCAAGAUUGUUUCUUUUGUUUUGUUUUGUUUUUUAAUUUUGUGUUUAUUUUUACUUGAAUAUUGAUUUUAUUCAUCACUCACAGUGCCAUUUCAACUCUAUCUGGGCAAAAGUGGCCGUGUAUAAACAUGUAUUUUUUCUGUUAAGUCACAGCUGUAUCACUUGAUCACUGUCACUAUACUUGGUGAUGCUGUCCAGCUACUGUAGCAGAGCUCCGAGAUGUUUCUUGCUUCAAAAUGUGAAGCAGAGGAAGGACUGACUUGUGUGUUUUCAUGUUGUUUUCCAUUGUGUUGGAAUAGCUGCACUGAUUAGUUAUCAACGACUGUGAUGACUUUAUGAUUUUCCUUCAUGGCUCUGAUUGCAACACAAGUUCAGAUCAAGUAUCAGCUAACCUUUACAUUUGUUGUCAUUUCUUUCAGCGGUUGAUGGUGUGGUGCUUCACACUGGUGCUCAAUAACCAUAGUCACCAACCCAGACAACCUCAAAACAAGACUGCUCUACAUAGAAAUAUAACAAAGGAUGUAAGCCUCCUUAUUUUGUUCCAGGAAGUGAACAUUGGUCGUUUUGAUCUUCAACCACUUCUGCAUUGUAGUGAAUGUAGGUGACUCAGCAGUAAUGUACUACAGCUAGAAUCAGUCUGCUACUUACAUUUUCUUUCUCUAGAGUCUGUGCUACACAUGGAUGACAUGCGCUAUCUGCAGUGAGGGAAUGAAAUGCAAUCCUGAGGGCUUAUAUGAAGACUUUUCUUUUCUCUCAAUUUCUACUACUUUUGCAAAAUAAGAUGCCUGCUCUUACAAAGUGAUUGUUGGUGCAAGUAAAGCUCACUGUCAAAUAUCAUUGAAGCUAAUGCUUAUCUCAGAAUAUAUGUUUCUAACAAGUCACACAAACAUAAUCACAUGUACUAUAGAAAUAAUGGGCAUUGGACAUGAACUUUUAUUCUGAAAUGGAUCUAGAGGUAACAUUUUCAGGUUUCUACACGGACUAGAAAAGACAAAGACUCAGUCAGAUCAACAGUAUUCAUUGAGCCUCUGUGCAUGAAAGUAUCUAACCGUCAUUACAGCGAAUGAUUUGCCACUACAUCCCAUUCUUGAUUGUAUUUUUUCCAUCAUGAGGUAAUUUUUUGUGAGAAAACAACUUUUUCUACCUAAUGUAUUUUUAGCUUUGCAUUCAACUUGUUCUUAUGUCUGAGACUGCUGAGGAAGGCUCGUUGGCAGUUUGUAUGUAAAGGAUUUAUUUAUACUUUUUUCAUAGAGAAAUCAUGAGACAACCACUGACGUGCAGAACUUUGUAAUGUUUACCACUUAACGUUGAGCAUUUCAGGGCAUCACAGGUCAAGGCGCCUUUCUUUGAUGUGUGUUUUCUUAUGAUCAAACGUGGAAAAAAAAAAUAACGAUCAGUAACUUAAAUGUUCAUGGGAACAGAAUCUGAUAUUUGUCUUCUCCUCUCAGUUUGUACAUAGGAUGUGUUGAUUGAAAUUUAUGUACAGUCUUUUUGUAAUAAACAGCUCAUUGAAACAAUGAACAGAA